AUGGCGUCCUCACUAUCACCUCUCAAGGUAAAUAUGGAACUCCAUUCCAAAAACCGACAAAACCUUCUCAAAUCCCUUCGCCAACACCUCUCCCAAUCCUCUCUCCCUCUUCACGGCUUCGUCCUCCUUCAAGGCGGCGAUGAACAAACCCGUUACGACACCGAUCACCUUGAACUCUUCAGACAAGAGAGUUACUUCGCGUAUUUGUUUGGAGUUAAAGAACCUGGUUUCUAUGGAGCUAUUGAUAUUGCAAGUGGGGAUUCUAUCCUAUUUGCUCCUAGGUUGCCUGACGAGUAUGCUGUUUGGAUGGGAAAGAUCAAAUCAGUUUCCCAUUUUAAGGAACACUACAAGGUUUCUACUGUCUGUUUUACCGAUGAGAUUGCGACUGUUUUGCAACAAAAUUAUCAAGGUUCAGGGAAACCCUUGCUCUUUCUUUUGCACGGCCUUAACACAGAUAGCAAUAAUUUUGCUAAACCUGCGGAAUUUCAGGGCAUUGACAAGUUUGAUAAGGAUCUGACGACUUUGCAUCCUAUAUUGACUGAAUGUCGUGUCAUCAAGUCAGAUCUGGAAAUUGAUCUUAUUCAGUAUGCCAAUGAUAUAAGCUCUGAAGCUCAUAUUGAGGUUAUGAAAAAAGCUAAGGCGGGCAUGAAGGAGUAUCAACUUGAAAGCAUUUUUCUUCACCACACCUACAUGUAUGGUGGAUGUCGGCAUUGCUCCUAUACAUGUAUUUGUGCUACUGGUGAUAAUAGUGCUGUUCUACAUUACGGCCACACAGCAGCUCCUAAUGACAAGACUUUGGAAGAUGGAGACAUGGCAUUGCUUGAUAUGGGAGCUGAAUACCACUUCUAUGGGUCUGACAUAACAUGUUCUUACCCUAUAAAUGGAAAGUUUACUGGUGACCAAUCACUUAUAUAUAAUGCUGUCCUUGAUGCUCAUGAUGCUGUUAUCUCUUCAAUGAAACCUGGAGUAAGCUGGGUUGAUAUGCACAUACUAUCGCAUAAAGUGAUUUUGGAGUCACUAAAGAAGGGACGCAUUCUUGUGGGCAAUGUUGAUGAUACGAUGGUUGCAUGCUUGGGUCAUGUUUUUAUGCCACAUGGUCUGGGGCAUUUACUUGGUUUGGAUACACAUGACCCUGGAGGCUACCCAGAGGGCCUGGAAAGAAGAAAGGAACCUGGAUUAAAAGCGUUGCGUACGGCCCGAGUACUCCAGGAAGGAAUGGUAAUCACGGUGGAGCCUGGAUGCUACUUCAUUGAAGCUUUGUUACUUCCAGCCAUGAAUAAUCCAGAAACUUCCAAGUUCUUUAACAAGGAAGUGAUUAACAGAUUUAUCGGCUUUGGUGGAGUGCGAAUUGAGAGUGAUCUGCUUGUUACGGCCACUGGUUGCUACAAUAUGACAAAGUGUCCCAGAAAAAUACAGGAGAUUGAAGCAGUGAUGGCAGGUGCACCAUGGCCGGUCAAGAAGACAUCUACUACUGUUGAAAAUGGAUUGGAAAGCAAAGCCUGA